AUGGCGUACGGCGGCGGCAGGAGGGGCUCGUCCAGGUGGGGCCUUCCGAUGGUGAGGUCGGACGCGCUCGGCAAGCUGGGCCCCUCCUUCGGCAUCGGCGCCGGCUGCGGCGUCGGCGUCGGGGUCGGCCUCAUCGGCGCUUUUGGAGUGGGAAGACUGCAGGGUUCAGGUAACUCAGGCGCAGGAAUUGGAGCUGGAUUCCCUGGGUUACAGCUGGGAUUCGGAGCUGGUGCUGGAUGUGGAAUAGGAAUAGGUUUCGGCUAUGGCUUUGGAAAGGGAAUUGCAUAUGACGAGAAUGGGAAAUAUUCAAACAUCAGGAGAUCAUUUCAGAACACCAGGAGCCUCCCUUAUGACCAGGAGUUUGACAUCCUGUUUGACGAGGUGAUGGAGAGCACCAGGAGGCUGAUCAAAGCGACGACAAAGGAGCUCGACAAGUGGAGGCGCAUGUAG